AUGAUGUCCGAAAGGGAUUACGCGCCCCUCAGCGCGGCGUGCGUGCGUUCUCUCAAUGACAAAUUGUACGAGAAACGGAAGCCAGCCGCCGUCGAAAUCGAAAAGAUGGUGAAGGAAUUCGCCGCUCACAACAACACCGUGCAGAUCAAGAGGUUGCUGAAGGUGCUCGGACAGGACUUUGCGACCUCGCAGAACCCGCAUACGCGCAAAGGCGGGUUGAUAGGUCUGGCGGCAAUCGCCGUCGGUCUCGGAAAAGACACCGGCCAGUACAUAGAGGACCUGAUCCAUCCGAUCCUGGCGUGCUUCUGCGACGCUGAUCUGAGAGUACGUUAUUAUGCCUGCGAGAGUCUGUACAAUGUCGUCAAAGUGGCCAGAGGUGCGGUGUUGCCUCAGUUCACGGAUAUCUUCGCCGCCCUAAGUAAACUCGCGUGCGACUCUGAGCAGAAUAUAAAGAACGCUACCGAAUUGCUUGACAGAUUGAUGAAGGACAUCGUGACAGAGAGUGGCCUUUUCGAUUUAGUUGGUUUCAUGCCUCUGUUACGCGAACGCAUCUAUACGAAGAACCCGUUCGGUCGGCAGUUCGUGAUAGCGUGGGUUUCCGUGCUAGCAGCAGUGCCCAACAUGGACUUCAUCUUAUUCUUACCGGAGAUACUUGAUGGGCUGUUCAGGAUACUGGAGGAUCCCAUGCCAGAGAUCAAGAAGAUCACAGAUACGGUGCUCGGUGAAUUUCUGCGUAGCAUAAAGUCAAAUCCCACGAGAGUGGACUUCCCGGCCAUGAUAAAUAUACUGAUCAUGCACGCCCAGAGUACGGACGAGUUGCUUCAGUUGACGGCGAUUACUUGGAUAAAAGAAUUCGUGCAGCUGUCCGGGCCUCUUAUGCUCCCGUACAUGUCCGGCAUUCUCGUAGCCGUUCUACCAUGCUUGGCCUACGAUGGUGAUACGCGGAAGAGUAUUAAGGAAACUGCAACGCAAGUAAACACGAAUCUAAUGAGAUUGAUAAUCAUGGAAAACACGGAGAUCACGAAGGAUAAUAAAAAAGAGACCAAUAAUAAAGAUCCUACAAAGGAGAAGGAAGAUAUGAGCUGUCCUUUAGCUGAAAGCUUGAACCUCGCCAGUGUCGUAGAAGUACUUACAAAACAUUUGUUGUACAUAUCUGUCCAGACCAAAGUUGCAGUUUUAAAGUGGAUACAUCAUUUGUUUAUAAACAUUCCACAUAAGAUGUUUAACCACAUAGAAGACUUGUUUCCAAUGCUAAUGAAAUCUUUAAGCGAUGCCUCUGACGAAGUGGUGCAACAAACUUUAGUGGUAAUGGCUGAAAUUAUCAGCUCGAAGUCUCCAGAGGCUGCAACGACCGAACCAAAUGCGAAGAUGCAGAAUAAAUACUUUACAAAGUUCAUAGUCAAUUUGUUGAGGCUCUUCUCGACCGACAGACACUUGUUAGAGGAACGAGGUGCUUUUAUCAUAAGAGAAUUGUGCAUACUCUUGAGCGCGGAGGAUAUAUACAAGACUCUGGCAAAAAUCUUGUUAGAAGAACAAAAUUUGAGCUUCGCGUGUACGAUGAUACAGACGCUGAACGUGAUCUUAUUAACCAGCUCCGAGCUCUUCGACUUGCGCAACAAACUUAGACAUUUGGACUCUCCAGAUAGUUGCGCGCUAUUCGAAUGCCUGUAUGUAUCCUGGUGUCAUAAUCCAGUCGCGACAGUAGCCCUGUGUCUUUUGUCUCAGCAUUAUCGACAUGCGUGCAACAUCAUUCGCUCUUUUGAGAAUAUCGAGGUCACAGUGGAAUUUCUUACGGAAAUAGACAAGUUGGUGCAACUAAUAGAAUCGCCAAUAUUUACUUACUUGAGAUUGCAGCUCUUGGAAUGGGAGGAGAAUGACGCCCUGAUAUACGCAUUAUAUGGUUUGCUGAUGAUAUUGCCGCAGAGUGAAGCUUACGCGACUCUCCAGCGUCGUUUAGCGGCAAUACCGCCGGCCACAAAACCACCGAAGAGUGAGCAAAAGUGGAUGCAACCGCUCAAGAGUGAGCAAUUGCAACAGAAAACAGUGGACGCCCACUGCAAGUUCGACUUCGGCAAACUAUUGAAACACUUUCACGUGGUUCAAGAACAGCACAAAGAACAGAAGCGCAAGCAAAGGUUAAACGCCCUAGUCGAGAGAAAUAUUCAUAUAGACGCAUGAAUCGCGCGAAGAACUCGCACGUAGCGAUUUUAUGUACGUAAAAAAUAUACCUAAUUUGCUAGUUUUAUACCGUGAAUCCGCAUAAUCAUACAAGAAAACUGUAUACAUCUUUGCGUUUAGCUUCGUUGUAUUAUAGCUUAGUAUGAUAAGCUAUAAUUAUUUAUUACGCUGCAAUCAUCCUCAUGUUGCAACGAAAAUAAAUGAUCAUAAGUUGAUUUUAAAGUAAACUUUUAGUUUAUUUAGUCAAAGUAACAAUAAGACAUUUUAUUUUUUUUUACAUUAUCCUUAGGUCUGUACAUUAACUGUAUAUGUACGUCGUACUUCUAAAAUUAUACUCUAAUUUCCAGUCUUCAUCUCAUUUAAGUACUGUCGAGAUUGAUGGAGAAAUGACAAGAUUGCCCGUAUUAGAGUUCAUAUUCCGAAUCACCUAUAUCUUCCAAUCUAUCAAUCGCCGACAAAUGGUCAAGCUGAUCUAUGAGCCGACCGUUUUCAUAAAGUAUUACUGUAAUUUGUUCUUGCGUGUCGCAGAUAUUGCGCCAUUUCUUUGUGUUCUCUUGAGCCGGCACGCUCGUCUUCUCGAUUGUCUUCAGCUUGCUCGGCAGUCUAUCCAACGAAUGCAGAAGACUUUCAUUGCGUUCCUUGCUCUCCUGCGACAAGCGAUACGAGAACGAUUCCAAGGCGUGCUCAUAGCUGUCUAUAUCCUUAUCCAAUAUCUGUGUCUGCAGGUAUACUGUCUGCGCCAUCUUAUACCAAUCCGCGACGCACUCGGAUCGCUGCGUCAUGGCUGGUACACAUUCCGUCUCCAGGAGCGCUUUCAAUCUGCGUCCAGUUUCUGUCACCUGCUCGUCCAGCGAAAUCACAGUAUUUUAAUGAAAUGAAGCAUUCAUUAUUUUUAAGAUUUUUUUAUUAGUUCGUCAUUGUAAUACAGUAUAUUGUAACUGUAUACCACGCGUAUCUUGAAAGAUGUCUUAAUGUUCUUUGGAAUAUUAUAUCGUGACGAAAGAAA